CGAGUUCUUUCUUCUUCUCUGAGGGAUUCAAUUCAUUCAUUACACAUUACUUGGUUAGAUCUCAAAACAAAAGAAACCUUCUCAUCGUUUUCACAUUGUUUUCUUAUUCUCAAUAAGAUCGCUCGUUUUAUUUUACUAAUCAUCAAUGAAUUAUAGAAGAGAUAACCGGUCAUCCAGAUCAUCACUUUUAGAUGGUCUUGAUAGUCUGGAGGAGGGUGGUUUAAGGGCUUCUUCGUCUUACUCAUCUGAAAUAAAUGAGCAUGAUAAUGAUAAUGCCAUAGACACUCUGCACGACAGAGUUUCUUUUCUAAAGCGAUUGACAGGUGAUAUACAUGAGGAGGUUGAGAGUCAUAACAGUAUGCUCGAUCGGGUGGGUAACAAAAUGGAUGGAUCAAGGGGCAUGAUGUUGGGAACCAUGGAUCGAUUCAAGAAGGUUUUUGAGAAGAAAUCAACAAGGAAAACAUGCUCACUUGUGGGUUAUUUCACACUUGCCUUCAUAUUCAUAUACUACCUUAUUAGGAUGCUUGGAUAUUUUACACUAGGAUGAUGCCCAUUUUAUAAAGCUAGAUUGAAUGAUGGUCGUUUGGAAGUAAAUUCCUGUUCCUGUGCUGUGAAAUGUUCGGAACCGUUGGCAUGUGGUUUGAAACUCAAUUGUGAAUUUUGAAACUUACUGCAUAUAUAAAGCUUAACAAAAGUCUAUUGUUUACUUCCCGUCCUCACAUGGUCAUGUAUCAUUAUCUUACAGGGGGCACUAUAGUUUUAAAUUAAUUUUUUUAUGUAAAUUCUAGCAAUAUGAAGUGAUUUAUUUGUUUGGCAGUAAUUGUAAGUGUUAUGAAACUAACACUUCCCAAACACACCAUUGUCAUGGAUCCCAGAUAAGCUGGAAUCACAUGGACACUGUUUUGUAUCUAAACAUUGUGCAUGUCAAUAAACUUUUGUAGGAUGAUGGAUAUUUGCGAUCA